AUGGUCCUACACCGUGACGCCCCCACGAGCGCGCAGGUGGGGAAGUGGGGAAGUCAAGAAGGCCUCGGCACGAAGUCCGACUCGCCCUCGCAGCCGCACCAACCCCUUCCUCUGAGCUUUGCCCAGCCUGAGAAUGCUCAAAGCGCCCGCCCGCUAUUCCAAUACCGUGCGUCUAGCCCUGGACUCCGUCGCGUCGUCUCGAUCUCCACAAUCUCACCGAUCUACGACGAAACUUCUGCCUGCGCUCGCGAUGAUCGCAGCACCAUUGCAAGAACAGACGCCAAGUUGAAGAAGGCAGCACAAAGUCCGACCGGCCCUCGCAGUCGCACGCUCGCCUUGACCCAGGGCGCACGAACAGCAGAGCAUGCUCAGGUGUCCGCCCCCCCAUUUUGA